AUGGUGGGGGAAACCGAGGGUUUCGAUCUGGUGGACGUUUCAAUGCCAGACUGUAUGAAUGGAAUGAUCAAGGGACUGAGGCGCUUCGACUGUCAAGUUCUUUCGGAUUGGCCUUUUCGUUCCUUGGUCUUGCAGUAUGCUAAGGUUGGGCUUCAUCGUUAUAACUUAUGGGAGGGGACAAACUUCGAGUUCGAUGCGUUACUGAACUUCAACAUGACACCGAACUGUGUUGCGUCGUAUUACAUUACUUUGCUUGCACAUGAUCCAUCUGCUGGCUCAGAGCCGAAACACUUCCAGGUUCGAAUUGAUGAACAAGAAUAUAGCAGCUUGGAUUUGGCUUGCUCAAUUGCCAGACCUAAAGUUCCUAAAGAUGAAGUGACCACCAAGAAGCCGUACAUACCUCACUUCCAUGGUGGCGCAGUGGCAGAUGGAAUCUUCGAAGGUGAAUUGCCUGAUUGGCCAUCAGAUGAUGAUUUCAGUGAUGAAAAACGAUUUUACGUGGUGGAGACACAAGAGUUGCAAGAGGUUGAUUGGGUAUUAAUGUACUUGGAACUUGUCAUUUGUGCGCAUGAUAGGUUUACUUCAGCUAGCGAUCUGUUGGAGUUGGAGAUUGUGAAAGUGGUGAUAGAAAGUUAUGAAGACGGGUUGGGGCCGGACUGGAAACUCGGGCGCAAAAGUGCGAAUGUGUACAUAACCUAUAAAGAUAAGAGUAAGGCUGAUGUGAAUGUUGAACGCAAAGCUAUGGUUAGAAGGGUUGUCGAUGAAGGUACAAAGUAUUUGAGCCUCAUUGGUAAGCUUUGUGGUGGUCCGAAAGAAGAGCAGCGUUUUAGGGUUCACGUUCGUAAGCAUCACGAGAAGCAUUUUGGAAAACUCGAUAGUUCUUCUGGAACGCGGCCUGGCUUAGACUAG